AUGGAAAAAUUGAUCAAAUUUCUCUUCCAAUGUUUCUUUACACGACGGGUGAGGAAAUUUCAAAUACGAAAGUCUUGUUUUGCCAGUCUUCCGGUCGAUGUAAUUACUGACAUCUUUGUCAGACUUCCUAUAAAAUCUGUUCUCAUUUGUAGAUGUGUUUGCAAGUAUUGGAACACAUUUAUUUCUGAUCCAAAUUUUGCCAAGUUACUCUUUACUUAUACACCUCCUGCUAUCAUGAUCCGACGGCGCUGUUAUUCAAGAAUCUUUCAUCUUGUUGAAUAUGACCGAAUUGAAUGGCAUGAAAGGAGAAACAAUCUAUUCUGCCUCAGUUUGUUUGAAGUCCUGGAACCCAAUAAUAAUAGCAGCAUAAAACUUGAUCCUAAAUUUGAGAUUUUUCUCCCUAAUCCCAAAUCAACUCAGAGUAGAAGAGUUCCUCCUCUUCAUGUGCGUUCUUGUAAUGGUCUUUUUUUCAUGAGUUCUUCAAAGGAAAGUGACUUUUCAUUUGUUUGCAACCCAAUAACAGGUGAGUUCGUAAGACUUCCAAAACAACCUCCAAUCUUGACACCCUGCGAGCAAAUAUAUUGGAGUUUUGGUUUUCACCCAAAAACAAACCAAUACAAGGCAAUGAGAAUCCAUAUUUUUAAACAAGAUCAUCGUAUGGUUAUUGAAAUGCACACAGUUGGAACAUCGACAUGGAUAAAUAUUGAGGUAGAUUAUCCUAAGUAUUUGACACAUGUGUUCAAACAUCCUACUUAUUUUAAUGGGGCACUUCAUUGGAUUUGUAAAGAUGCUGAUAGAAAUGCCUCAAUAUGGGCUUUCGAUUUUGACACAGAACAGUUCCAAUUCUUUUCUAACAGGCCCAAGGGUCAAAGCAAAGGCACAAUAUUAAAAUUCAGGGAUUCUCUUUGCUUCAUAGAUUUUAAUGAACUGCUUAUCUCAAUGUGGAUGAUGAAAAAAUAUGGAGUUGGAGAAUCUUGGAUUCCCAUUUUCCAGUAUUCCGUAAUCACAGCUCAGUUACCUGGUUGCAUGGCGUACCUUGAUCGUGAAAAUCAAGAGUUUAUGAUUUUUGGGACUCCUUGGCAUGAUUUCAAGGUUCAUGGCAAGUUUCAAGUGCUUGGCCAUGUUCCUACCCUUAUCCCACUGAAAAAUAUUAUCGGAGAUAAUGUGGAGGUGCAGAAUAUUUACUCAUUGGAUAAUCCAAAUUGA